AUGUCCUUGCAAACUCAACAAGCUUUGGCCUUCACGGGGUCCACCGAAGACAAAAAGCUCCUCAAGUUGGUGUCUACCGAAAUUCCCAAGCCAAAUUCUGACCAGCUUCUGGUUAAGGCUGUGGCUUUUGCUGCGAACCCUACAGACUUCAAACACAUUGUGUUUGGCUGGGGAGGAAAGGAUGCGUUCGUUGGUUCAGACGUAUCUGGGGAAGUGGUAGCCGUUGGAGACAAAGUCAAUGGAUUUGCUGUUGGUGAUCAUGUCGGCUUGUUUGAGCAUGGUGGAGACCCCGACCAUCCUCAUAGAGGUCUCUUCAAGGAGUACAGUGUUGUAAACCCAUCUCUGACUAUCCGGUACCCCUCCAAGCUCAAGACCCUCGGUGCUGAUGUCACCGAGUACCCGGCCAGUAAGGUGGAAACUUUUGAAGGUGCAGCCGCUCUCAGUCUCAGUAUUUUUACUGUGGGUCAGUCUUUCGCUCACUCCUUUGACUUGGACUCCGACAAGACCAAAAAUGCGGGCAAAACGGUAUUGAUCUGGGGAGGUUCCACGGCUACUGGUAUUCUGGCCAUCCAGGUUGCGAAGAAGGCCUAUGGCCUAAAGGUGGUCACAACAGCCAGUAAGAAGCACGAGUCUUUUUUGAAAUCUCUCGGAGCUGAUGCCGUCUUCGAUUACCACGACUCUGAUGUAAUUGAUCAAAUUAAGAAAUUUUCUGGAGAGUCUUUGGUUUAUGGUUACGAUACAGUUUCGGACGAGGGUACUUGGAACUCGGUGAACGACGCUCUGACUGAAUCCGCGCCAGCCAUUGCUGAUAACUUGUUGUUCUUAGACAAAUCAGUUCUCAAGAAUCCCAAGAAGAAUGUUAAAUACACCAAGGCUAUCGUUCACCUGGCCAGCGGCGAAGAUCAACAAUUGACAGACCUUGUCAUCACUGGUGGUCAAGAGUUCGUAGCUGCCCAUCGCAAGUUUUACGAGAAGGUGGUUCCGCUUGUUCUGGACGGAACUAUCAAACACCAACCGUUGAGGAUUCUGCACGAUGGUCUGGGAAGUGCCGAGGAAGCUUUGUCUUUGCUGCGCAACAAUAAGGUUUCUGCGGAGAAGUUGAUUUUCAGGGUUUCGAAGACGGAGUAA